CGCUCAACCACUGAGCCACGCCGGCUGGGCAUAAGCACUAGAUUAUUAUAUGAUAUUGAAAUUGUCACCCCCACAGGGUAAGGUAUUGAUGCUCUUUCUUCUUUACCAGCUAUGUGGUGGCUCCCUGGCUGUGAUCCAUCCCCUCCACUCCUCCCCUGCCAGGCAGCCCUUCUCGGGGCUGGAGUCUGAGCUUUACGGUUGUCUGUGCUUAAGGCCGGGCCACCACAUGGGGGCUGGGUGUCAGAGUGGGCGGGGCCUCGGGAAGAGGCCGCCUCCCAGGACCCAUGCCCCUCCCCGCAGACAUCUUCCCCCAGCCAGACCUGACGGACGACGGCCUGGCGCGGCCCGUGCUGGCUGGCAUCGUAGCCACCAUCUGCUUCCUGGCGGCGGCCAUCCUCUUCAGCACCCUGGCCGCCUGCUUUGUCAACAAGCAGCGCAAGCGUAAGCUCAAGCGCAAAAAAGACCCUCCGCUCUCCAUCACCCACUGCAGGAAGAGCCUGGAGUCCCCGUAAGUGCCCCGGCCCGGCCCCGGG